GCCUGAACAAACCACCCCAGCACCCGUGUCACCAUCAUCAAUGCAUUUAGCCUGAACUCAUCUCUUGCCGCCUACCCACUGUACACAGCCAUGAAUCGUGUCGCAUCGCAUCGCCCGUCCUCUUCGCUAAGAACAUGCUCUCUUUCCGCUGCCUUACUGAUUCUCUGCUUACGCCCGCAGUCGCCCCGAAUAGGUCCGGCCGAUGGGCUCUCAUGGUGCCAUGCCAUUUCACCGCCUCGUUCUCAUGCCCUCAGUCGAGUACUUUUGUUGGUACCUGCUGGAGCCGAUUUCUCGCAUCGACACAGGAUCCAUGUGGUGUGCUAACCCGACAGACGGAUUCCAGGAAGCGAGUUGGGCUACAUUGUUGAAUCUGCUGACAAUCUUUGUAGCCGACAAUGGAAGAUAUCUCGUUGCUAUUCUGAGGCGCCCUGAAAGCUCAGCGCAUCCAUACCAAGUCACUGGUCAUGUCUCCUUUUCCAUGUUCAAUCAAGAGGGCGCGAUAUUCACCAAGUCAUCGAUCCCAAAACGAGAGAUGAAUCUUGAUGCCCACAUACAACUUUACAGUGAUUAUGGUUACCCGCCAACAUCUCGUGUCCAUCUCACAAACAAGACGCCAAUAACUAGGGCGGCAUGUUCCCAAGCCUCGCCUUCCUCUCCCCCUGGUCCCCUUUCCAACACCCUUCGCACCUUUUAUACUGUUUAUAGUAGAAUUGAUGUUUAUCGGCAAGGCACUGCGGUGCUUACAGCGGAUCAAUUCGAUGACGUGCAUCUUUGAGCGCGGGAAAGGAUCGAUGCUCGGACGUGCGACAAGGGCAGAAAAGUCUAUCCGGCAUACCAAAAAUUUGGGUGCUUACUGCGACCAAAGGGUGCACCCGUGUGAACAUCAUAUCGAUCUACAUAUAGUUACACACUAAGACAACAUCAUAAAUGAGAAGAUAGAGAGAGAAAACGAAGAUGCAACAC